AUGUCCACGGGCUCCGGCAGCGAGGCGGAGGAGCUGCCCGAGAUGGACCUGCGGGCGCUGCAGCUGGACUACCCGCAGCCGCCGGCCAAGCGCCAGCCCCGCGGUGAGCUCUAUCCCUCGGGGGACAACUCCUCGGCGGCGGAGGAGGAGGAGGAGGAGGAAGAAGAGGAGGAGGAGGACGGCGAGGGCAACUGCGCGGCGGGGCCAGCGGGCAGCGGCUGCAAGAGGAAGCGGGCGCGGGGCGGCGGCCCCGGGGGCAAGAAGGCGGCGUCGGGGCCGCGGGGGCCUCCGCCCGAGGGGAAACAGUCCCAGCGCAACGCGGCCAACGCGCGGGAGCGAGCGCGGAUGCGGGUGCUGAGCAAGGCGUUCUCCCGGCUGAAGACGAGCCUGCCGUGGGUGCCGCCCGACACCAAGCUCUCCAAGCUGGACACACUGCGCCUGGCGUCCAGCUACAUCGCCCACCUCCGGCAGCUGCUGCAGGAAGACCGCUACGAGAACGGCUACGUCCAUCCAGUCAACCUGACUUGGCCAUUUGUGGUUUCAGGAAGACCUGACUCUGACACCAAAGAAGUUUCUACAGCCAGCAGAUUAUGUGGAACUACCGCAUAGUCAGAGUAAAUUGAGGAUUUUUAAUUGGUUUUGAUUUUUUUUUUUUAAUGGGAUGGAUAUUUUUAAGAGCUGUGGUUUAUCGGCUCAGGACUCGAAGAUGGGGACAAACCCCCAUCUAUAACAGUGUUAAAUCUGUGUCCCUUGUCAUUCUUUUCCCUUAGAGUUCUGAGGGAUGUUUACUUAAAGCAGUAAAGAAGGGAGGCAGUUGAAAUUAGACUUUUUAUGAACUGACUGCAGCAGCUGAAGUCCGAGACUUGGCUUCAUCAUUCCUGCCCCUACCUGAGGACCUACUGUUCUGAGGCUUUUAAUGAGAGAGGAAUAUAAUGAUAUAGAAUUAGCAGCAUGGACCAAAAUACAACUCUACAAACUAACCCUGAACAGUGUUAUUUGUAUUGUAAAUCAAAACAGUAUUUUAAAGUAGCUUUGAAACUCAGAUAGAUU